CCGACCGUGAGCGAUGGACUCGGCUCCGGACCCGGACGCGUCCCCAGGCUCGCCGCCCGGCCAGCGCCGUCGACAAGCAUGCGAGCGCUGCUUCCAGCGCAAGCAGAAGUGUGAUCGCCUGCUGCCUGCAUGCACUGCCUGCGCGGACCUCAAGCUCGAGUGCAAGGCGCGCAAGUGGGCCUUUCUCGACACCUCAGCUCCAGAAGCCCUUGUCCUUAGUGCUUCGGUCAGCGAUUAUGUCAAGUCCCUUGAAGACCGCUUGGCAACAUCACCGCCCGCUGAGCCCAGCGCCUUGUCGCCAAGCAAGCGUCGCAGACGCCAGUCCGGCUUGGGACCCUCGCCUUCAUCCGGCAAUGUCGCUUCAAACAGCAGCCCGCUGGGGUCAGGCAAGGCCCGCUUCCCCGACACGGACCGUGAGCCCGCCGCUCCGUCCCAAGGCCGUUCCGAAAUUUCCGUCCGCGAGACCAUGGGCGACAUAAGUUUCCUGUCCCGGUCAGCGAUGGCCGAGUCCCGCGUCCGUGGGGACGCGUUCCCUCGUAAUCUCAGCCUGGACAACAUGUUAUCGGCAGCCACUUCGCUCAGUGGUAGUGAUCCAACAAGUUCAACAAUCGUCACGUCUGCCCUCAAGCAGCAGAGCCGGCUCGCGGGAGGCCACCAUCCUGUGCUUGACCGGGACAGCACUGAACCAUAUCUGCAAAGCUUCCUCCGCAUGGUAUCCGUCAAGCACCUGCAUCUCGACAGGGAUGAGGUCUCUCAAGACUAUGACACCAUCAUCGAUAGUGAGGCCGCCAGCAAGGGCAACGUAUCUGAGCAGCUGGCCUUCACGUACGUGAAUACGUGUCUCGCCAUCGCCAUCGGCAUGCUCGUUUCGGAUGAUGCAGCCAACCUAUCUGUGGCCAUCUCGGGAGUCUACUCGGCGGCGAUCAGCCACAUACCUGUGGUUCUUGAAGCAGACGGGCCACUGGCCAUGAUUCAUUGCAUGUUAAAUGUAGCCAUCUUCUCGUUGGCAUCAAAUGUGGGUGGCUCGACGUGGCACAUUGUCGGGAUCAUAAUGAACCAGUGCAUAUCACUUGGUUUGCACAAAGAGCCCGAAUCAGACGAGCUGCCUGUGCAGGAUCAGCAGAGAAGAAGGAAUCUCUUCUGGAGUGCCUACGCCCUUGACAGGUGUGUUGGCGCAGUCCUCGGCCGUCCCUUUGGCAUACAAGACGAAGAUAUCACGGUGAGGUCGUCCUCUAUGUCGGUAUCCACAACUCCUGGUGCAUCCGCGCCAGUGCAACCUUGUUCGGAGGCGACCUUCAAGCUGUACUUGAUCAAGCACGCGAAGCUCGUUUCAGAUAUCCGUUCCAAUCGGCGACAGACAGCACUCUACCACUACCGAAAUGUAUCCUUUUGGCGGGAGACUCCUGCUCCUGUCGUCAGCUUCAUUGUUCCCCACCAGCCGUGGCUGAGUAAUCAUCUCGACACUCUGGCAUGUCGUGCCCUGAUCCUUUUGAUUCGCCCAGAAGAUGAAGGCUUAAGCCCGUCACCAAACAACAGCAUCACGACGCUGUCUUCUGGACUUCCAAAACACGACGCAGCAUCAUUCGGCCCCCCUCAGUACAACGAGGCUGCUCUCGCCGAGUUUGAGAUGGACACGAUGUUAUGCUGCAAGAGGUUCAUAGACCGGACAUAUGAGCAGUUUGAGAUUCGCGGAAAACCGGAAGAUAGCUCGUUCACCAAUGCAUACGAGCUAUUCAAUGCGUGCAUUGCAUAUGUUUUCCUCGCCCGUCGUCGUGCUGGGUUCAUAGGGCGGCCAGGGACGGGCGAUCUGCGGCGCGUCAGCACAACACUAUCUCCUUCGACAGCGUCAUCGGCAGUAUCCAUCGGUAACUUUGAUAUCACGAGCAACAAUUCCGAGUUUGCCGAAGCUGCUGGGGUCAUGGUGCAAAAGUGCUCGACGCUUAUCACAGUCUUGAGCUUGCACUUUACAUCACUCAGAGUGUUGCAGCGAGCGCUUCUGGCGCUAUCAGCACGACUGUCCGGCUCGAAUGUAGCUAUGCCAAUCAACGACUUGGCCCGACAUCUGUCUGCGCACGUGCUGCUGCUUGUUAAGCUCUGCAGCUAAGGGCCCAACCAGUUCACGCUUCGUCCGACCAUUUCACCGAAAGAGAUAAGCCAGUGACUUCGGUCGAUAUGUACAUAGGUCUAUUUCUACCCCCAAAAAUGUAUAUACAAACGUGCUUCUAUUCACGAUCCACCCCUUGC